CGCCGCCCGAGCCCCCCCGCGCCGGAGCCAUGGCGGGCGCCUCUUCCCCCUGCGCUAACGGCUGCGGGCCCGCCGCGCCCUCCGACGCCGAGGUGCUGCACCUCUGCCGCAGCCUCGAGGUGGGCACCGUCAUGACUUUGUUCUACUCCAAGAAGUCUCAGCGGCCGGAGCGGAAGACCUUUCAGGUCAAGCUGGAGACACGCCAGAUCACGUGGAGCCGCGGCGCCGACAAGAUCGAGGGUGCCAUUGAUAUUCGUGAAAUCAAGGAAAUUCGCCCAGGGAAGACCUCACGGGACUUUGAUCGCUAUCAAGAGGACCCUGCUUUUCGGCCGGAUCAGUCACACUGCUUCGUCAUCCUUUAUGGAAUGGAAUUCCGCCUGAAGACCUUGAGCCUGCAAGCUACGUCUGAGGAUGAAGUAAACAUGUGGAUCAAGGGCUUAACUUGGCUGAUGGAGGACACAAUGCAGGCAGCCACGCCCCUGCAGAUUGAGAGGUGGCUCCGGAAGCAGUUCUAUUCUGUGGAUCGGAAUCGUGAGGACCGUAUAUCAGCCAAGGACCUGAAGAACAUGCUGUCUCAGGUCAAUUACCGGGUCCCCAACAUGCGCUUCCUCCGAGAGCGGCUGACGGACCUGGAGCAGCGCAGUGGGGACAUAACCUAUGGGCAGUUUGCUCAACUGUACCGCAGCCUCAUGUACAGCGCCCAGAAGACGAUGGACCUCCCCUUCUUGGACACCAGCACCUUGAGGUCUGGGGAGCGGCCAGAGCUCUGCCGAGUGUCUCUUCCUGAGUUCCAGCAGUUCCUCCUUGAGUACCAGGGGGAGCUAUGGGCUGUUGACCGGCUCCAGGUGCAAGAGUUCAUGCUUAGCUUCCUUCGCGACCCCUUGAGAGAGAUUGAGGAGCCUUACUUCUUCCUGGAUGAGUUUGUCACCUUCCUGUUCUCCAAAGAGAAUAGUGUGUGGAACUCCCAGUUGGAUGCAGUGUGCCCGGACACCAUGAACAACCCUCUUUCCCACUACUGGAUCUCCUCCUCACACAACACGUACCUGACUGGGGACCAGUUCUCCAGUGAGUCCUCCCUGGAAGCCUAUGCUCGCUGCCUACGGAUGGGCUGUCGCUGCAUUGAGUUGGACUGCUGGGAUGGUCCAGAUGGGAUGCCAGUCAUUUAUCAUGGACACACCCUUACCACCAAGAUCAAGUUCUCAGACGUUCUUCACACCAUCAAGGAGCAUGCCUUUGUGGCCUCAGAGUACCCAGUCAUCUUGUCUAUUGAGGACCACUGCAGCAUUGCCCAGCAAAGAAACAUGGCCCAGUACUUCAAGAAAGUGCUUGGGGACACACUCCUCACCAAGCCUGUGGACAUCUCUGCUGAUGGGCUCCCUUCACCAAAUCAGCUUAAGAGGAAGAUCCUGAUCAAGCACAAGAAGCUGGCUGAAGGCAGUGCCUAUGAGGAGGUGCCCACGUCUGUGAUGUACUCUGAGAACGACAUCAGCAACUCCAUCAAGAAUGGCAUCCUCUACCUGGAGGACCCUGUUAAUCACGAAUGGUAUCCCCACUACUUUGUUCUGACCAGCAGCAAGAUCUACUACUCUGAGGAGACUAGCAGUGACCAGGGCAAUGAGGAUGAAGAGGAGCCCAAGGAAGUCAGUGGCAGCACAGAGUUGCACUCCAAUGAGAAGUGGUUCCACGGGAAGCUCGGGGCAGGACGAGAUGGACGGCACAUCGCUGAGCGCCUGCUCACUGAGUACUGCAUUGAGACCGGUGCUCCUGAUGGUUCCUUCCUAGUGCGCGAGAGUGAGACCUUCGUGGGUGACUACACGUUGUCCUUCUGGCGAAACGGAAAAGUUCAGCACUGCCGGAUCCAUUCCCGGCAGGAUGCGGGGACCCCCAAGUUCUUCUUGACAGACAACCUGGUCUUUGACUCCCUCUAUGACCUUAUCACACACUAUCAGCAAGUGCCCCUGCGCUGCAAUGAGUUUGAGAUGCGCCUUUCAGAGCCUGUGCCACAGACCAAUGCCCACGAGAGCAAAGAGUGGUACCACGCAAGCUUGACCAGAGCACAGGCUGAACACAUGCUGAUGCGUGUACCCCGAGAUGGGGCCUUCCUGGUGCGGAAACGGAAUGAGCCCAACUCCUAUGCCAUCUCCUUCCGGGCUGAGGGCAAGAUCAAGCAUUGUCGCGUCCAGCAGGAGGGCCAGACAGUGAUGCUGGGGAACUCGGAGUUUGACAGUCUUGUCGACCUCAUUAGCUACUAUGAGAAGCACCCGCUGUAUCGGAAGAUGAAGCUGCGCUACCCCAUUAAUGAGGAGGCGCUGGAGAAGAUUGGCACAGCUGAGCCUGACUACGGGGCCCUGUAUGAGGGCCGCAACCCUGGCUUCUAUGUGGAGGCAAACCCUAUGCCAACUUUCAAGUGUGCAGUCAAGGCUCUCUUUGACUACAAGGCCCAGAGAGAGGAUGAGCUGACCUUCACCAAGAGUGCCAUCAUCCAGAAUGUGGAAAAGCAAGAGGGAGGCUGGUGGCGAGGCGACUACGGUGGGAAGAAGCAGCUGUGGUUCCCGUCAAACUAUGUGGAAGAGAUGGGCAACCCAGCAGCCCUGGAACCUGAGAGAGAGCACCUGGAUGAGAACAGCCCCUUGGGGGACUUGCUGCGGGGGGUCUUAGAUGUGCCGGCCUGUCAGAUUGCUAUCCGUCCAGAGGGGAAGAACAACCGGCUCUUCGUCUUCUCCAUCAGCAUGGUGUCAGUGGCCCAGUGGUCCUUGGAUGUCGCAGCUGACUCACAGGAGGAGCUGCAGGACUGGGUGAAGAAGAUCCGUGAAGUGGCCCAGACUGCAGAUGCCAGGCUCACUGAGGGCAAGAUGAUGGAACGGAGGAAGAAGAUCGCACUGGAACUCUCUGAGCUUGUCGUCUACUGUCGGCCUGUUCCCUUCGAUGAAGAGAAGAUUGGCACAGAACGAGCCUGCUACCGAGACAUGUCGUCCUUCCCGGAAACCAAGGCUGAGAAAUAUGUGAACAAGGCCAAAGGCAAGAAAUUCCUCCAGUACAAUCGGCUACAGCUCUCACGCAUCUAUCCCAAGGGGCAGCGGCUGGACUCUUCCAACUAUGAUCCUUUGCCCAUGUGGAUCUGUGGCAGUCAGCUUGUGGCCCUCAACUUCCAGACUCCAGACAAGCCUAUGCAGAUGAAUCAGGCUCUCUUCAUGGCUGGUGGGCACUGUGGCUAUGUGCUGCAGCCAAGCACUAUGCGAGAUGAGGCCUUUGACCCUUUUGACAAGAGCAGCCUCCGUGGACUGGAGCCAUGCGCCAUCUGCAUUGAGGUGCUGGGGGCCCGGCAUCUGCCCAAGAAUGGCCGCGGCAUUGUGUGUCCCUUCGUGGAAAUUGAGGUAGCUGGAGCAGAGUAUGACAACACCAAACAGAAGACAGAGUUCGUGGUGGACAAUGGACUGAACCCUGUGUGGCCGGCUAAGCCCUUCCACUUCCAAGUCAGUAACCCUGAGUUUGCCUUCCUCCGCUUUGUGGUGUAUGAGGAAGACAUGUUUAGUGACCAGAACUUUUUGGCUCAGGCCACUUUCCCAGUAAAAGGCCUGAAGACAGGAUAUAGAGCAGUGCCUUUGAAGAACAACUACAGCGAAGACCUGGAGCUGGCCUCGCUGCUUGUCAAGAUUGAUGUCGUCCCUGCCAAGGAGAACGGAGACCUCAGUCCCUUUGGUGGUACGUCCCUCCGGGAGCGGGGCUCAGACGCCUCUAGCCAGCUCUUUCAUAGCCGGGUUCGGGAAGGCUCCUUUGAAGCCCGCUACCAGCAGCCAUUUGAGGACUUCCGCAUUUCCCAGGAGCAUCUUGCAGACCAUUUUGACAUUCGGGAACGAAGGACCCCAAGAAGGACUCGGGUCAAUGGAGACAACCGCCUCUAGUUGUACCCCGUCUCGAUGGAGAGCAGCAGGUGCUGCACGCCUCAUGGAAUGCCGUGAACUAGGUUCUUCAGAAGGUGCCUACUGUGGCAGCCUUCCUGGUCUCACAGCCUGGAGCCUGGAUUCCAGUGGUGAAUGCUAGACAAAACCAAGCCAUUAAUGAGAUGUACUGUGUUGGGCCUCCAGGCCCAGCUCUGGGUGAAGGCAAAAACUGUACUGUGUCUCGCAUUAAGCACACACAUCUGGCCCUGACUUCUGGAAAUGGAUCCUUCCAUCCUGUGGGGCCAGGAACAGGGCUGAAGCCCCUUGGAGAGAGAGGCUGCCUCAGCUGCAGCAUAGGAGGCUUCAAGGAGCCAUUCACAUUCCUGAGAGUGGAGGAAGAGGAGGAGCCUUGCUGGGCCAAGGAAACAAAGUUUACAUUGUCCUGUAGCUUUAAAAACACAGCUGGGCAGGGUGAGAGGGUAGAUGCCUUGGUAGUUUGGCCCGGGAGACAGCAGAGUGAUGUAGGGCCCAUGUGGAGAAGGGCUCAGCCCUGCCCAAGGAGGAGGACACAGCACAAGGGCACAUUGCCCAUGGCUGGGAACACUACCCAGCCUGAAAGAUACAGGGGAUCGUGAUAAAAAUAGCAGUAUUAUUUUUCUUCUCAGUGGUAUCCUAAGUUAUUCACUCCUCCCGCUCCUCAGUGUCAAGAGGGAAACCUCCCGAGCAGAGCCCUGAACAUGGCUGCCAGCUGUGCUGAGAGGGCUGAGUGUGCGACAUCAGGGCAGCAUCCGGUGGAGGAGUGGUGGGAAGAGAAGGAAUGGCAGUGCCUGUCCCAGUGAGCUUUUUUGUUUUUAAGGCAGUGAAGACUCAGUAUGUUCUCCCAUAGGAAUGAGAAGGGGAUUAAAGAGUUGCCUGCCUCCUGAGUAUGUGGAGCCAGGCAGUCAGGUGCUGAAUGAAGCUGCUAGUUCAGUGCAGCUUCUCGCUAGUAGAAGGGUGCAGGGAAGGAAAUGCAAAGUUGGAAAGGCAGCCCCCUCCUCUGGAGAGAGAGGCUGGGUGCAAGCCAGUGGGCACAAAGGUGCCUCAUAGCAUAGCCAGCAUUCAGCACAUGCAAACCCACUGCCCACGCUUGGGCUCAGGGUUGGCCAUUUGCUAGUUCUGCUGCCCUCUUAAGAUCUGACUGCCAAAUAAAUCAUCUUCAUGUCUUCUUUCC